CGCCCCCUCCCUCAGGUUGGACGUAGUGCGGCGCCGCGGGCUGGCGCGAGGGUGCGAGGCAAGAUGGCGCUGACUCAGGGCACGAAGCGAAAAGUCUGUUACUACUACGAUGGUGAUGUUGGAAAUUACUACUAUGGGCAGGGCCACCCAAUGAAACCUCAUCGAAUCCGAAUGACUCACAACUUGCUACUUAACUAUGGACUCUAUCGGAAGAUGGAAAUAUAUCGGCCCCACAAAGCCCAUGCGGAUGAGAUGACCAAGUACCACAGUGAUGACUACAUUAAGUUUUUGCGCUCUAUCCGUCCUGAUAAUAUGUCGGAGUACAGCAAGCAGAUGCAGAGAUUUAAUGUUGGUGAAGACUGUCCAGUGUUUGAUGGCCUGUUUGAGUUUUGUCAGUUAUCCACCGGUGGAUCUGUAGCAAGUGCAGUGAAGCUUAACAAACAGCAGACGGACAUUGCUGUGAACUGGGCUGGGGGACUGCACCAUGCUAAGAAGUCUGAAGCUUCUGGCUUCUGUUACGUCAACGACAUUGUGUUGGCCAUCCUGGAGCUGUUGAAGUACCACCAGAGGGUGCUGUACAUUGACAUUGACAUUCACCAUGGCGAUGGCGUGGAAGAAGCUUUCUACACCACAGAUCGGGUCAUGACAGUGUCCUUUCAUAAGUAUGGAGAGUACUUCCCGGGAACGGGUGACCUACGGGACAUUGGAGCUGGCAAAGGCAAAUACUAUGCUGUGAACUAUCCGCUUCGAGAUGGGAUUGAUGAUGAGUCUUAUGAGGCCAUUUUUAAACCAGUUAUGUCCAAGGUGAUGGAGACCUUUCAGCCCAGUGCAGUGGUCUUGCAGUGUGGUUCUGAUUCCCUGUCUGGAGACCGAUUAGGUUGUUUCAACCUUACCAUUAAAGGUCAUGCCAAAUGUGUGGAGUUUGUCAAGAGUUUUAAUCUGCCCAUGCUGAUGCUGGGAGGGGGUGGCUACACCAUCCGCAAUGUAGCCAGGUGCUGGACAUAUGAGACAGCUGUGGCUUUGGAUACAGAGAUCCCUAAUGAACUUCCCUACAAUGAUUAUUUUGAAUACUUUGGACCGGAUUUCAAACUUCAUAUCAGCCCAUCUAACAUGACAAACCAGAAUACAAAUGAGUACCUGGAGAAGAUCAAGCAGAGGUUGUUUGAGAACCUUCGGAUGCUGCCUCAUGCCCCUGGUGUCCAGAUGCAACCAAUUCCUGAGGAUGGGAUACAGGAGGACAGUGGAGAUGAAGAUGAGGAAGAUCCUGACAAGCGCAUUUCAAUAUGCUCUUCAGACAAACGAAUUGCAUGUGAGGAGGAGUUUUCAGACUCAGAUGAGGAAGGUGAGGGUGGUCGGAAAAACUCUUCCAACUUCAAGAAAGCCAAGAGGGUCAAAAUGGAAGAGGAGAAAGAUCGAGAGCCAGAGGAGAAAAAAGAAGCAAAAGAAGAGGAAAAAACAAAGGAAGAGAAACCUGAAGCCAAAGGGGUGAAGGAGGAAACCAAGUCUGCCUGAGCUCUCCAGCUUUCCUUGGGGCCUGCUACCUACACCUCCUUCUUUACCCCUACACCCUCAGAGUUUAUAUUUUCUAUGUCUCUCUAUUUAUAUAUAAAUAUAUGAAAUAGAACUGUCCCCAGAAUACAGGAACUAGGGGUUUUGCUAUUGGCUGCCCAAUCCAGUGCCUUUGUUGCCUUGUACACCCCAGUCUCAGGCAAGUGAAUCCGUUUCUUCCCUCCCUUUGUCGUUGUAAACACAACCCCCUUGCCUGACUAUUUAGGGCCUGGGUAUAUUUUUUUCUGGGUGGGUUAUUUUAACAUGGCAUAGGACACAUUGCCCUGGGUGGCUGGGUUGGGUAGCCUUCACAGCCCCCUUUUCUCCCUCUGUGGGCCUUUUUUAUUCCUCCAAAUUGAAUUUGAAACUCAGUGAAGUUUUUGUAAGGAUGGCAGGUGAUGUGUGUCUGUCUAACUUCCUCUGGUGGUUCCUCAGUAGGUUCAGGUACUUAGCCAACCACUACUUUUCCCUGUCCUGAGGUGAAGUUAGUUAGCAACUGCUCAAAGGUGCUAUGCUUGGUGCCCAUGGAGACAUGUGACAAGGAUGUGCCUUCUUGCUGGUUCACCUACCUGGUUUGCCAGGGGGCACCUUAUGCUCCCAUACCUCAGCAGACUUCUAGGCUAAGGGCUUUCUUUUGGCUGCCCUUUCACUGGUACCAUCAAAUAGUCCCGUUCACCCUGGCCAGGGACCCACCGUUGUCGAUUGGGUUUGUGUGAGAGUGGUCUGGGUUGGGAUCUAUGGUGUGGUUUCUAUUUUGAAGUUAUUUUUUUGAGGUUUUUUUUUUUUUUUUUGAAGAACCUUUGUAAUAAAACUGGUACAUUUUUA